AUGGUAGAGCAGGAUAGGUUCAAUGCCGAUGGGUUGGCAGCGGAAUGGGAGGCUGAAGCAGUUAUUCGGGAACGGGUUCGCACUGGACAUAACUUCGUUGCUGCCGUUAACGAUCAGAACCUCGAUGCGUGCAACAAGCUUGCGAUCAGAAACUGUGAUGUUAUGACACCAGUUCUGGUGAGGAUGACAGCUUGUUCUCUGAAGUUACCAGAUAUCGAUCCGCUUCGUGGGGCUGUGAGAGCGCUUUAUCUGAUGGCUUCAAGGGAAAUUUCGGACUCGCAUAUCGAUGAUGAAGCUUGGGCUAUCCGGCAUUUGGCCGGGUUCAUAAAAAGGAAGACACAGAAAAAGUUGGUUAGCUUGGACCCUGACUUCCAAGACAUGUGCCUGGUCCUGAACCCAGAGCUGGAGGACUACGUCCAAGGGAUUCGUGAUCGUGCUGCUGAGGCUGCUACUCCAAUGGCCACCGGUGCUAGUGGGGAUGCGCCUUCUGAGGCAGAUCUCUUGGACUUGAGGCAAUCCUGGUCAACCUUUGAUGCCAAGUGCUGUGGUAGCUCCCCCGACAAGCGAUCCUGGUCAGCCAGCCUCAAGCAAUCCUGGUCAGCCAUUGAUGCCAAGUGCUGUGGUAGCCCCUACAAGCAAUCCUGGUCAGCCUUCGAUGCCAAGUGCUGCGGUAGCCCCUACAAGCAAUCCUGGUCAGCCUUUGAUGCCGAGUGCUGUGGUAGCCCCUACAAGCAAUCCUGGUCAGCCUUUGAUGCCAAGUGCUGUGGUAGCUCCCCCGACAAGCAAUCCUGGUCAGCCUGUGAUGCCGAGUGCUGUGGUAGCUGCCUCGACAAGCAAUCCUGGUCAGCCUGUGAUGCCGAGUGCUGCGGUAGCCCCUACAAGCAAUCCUGGUCAGCCUUCGAUGCCAAGUGCUGUGGUAGCCCCUACAAGCAAUCCUGGUCAGCCUUUGAUGCCAAGUGCUGUGGUAGCUUCCCCUACAAGCAAUCCUGGUCAGCCCUCUAUGCCAAGUGCUGUGGCCCUCGAAAGCUUCAGCUGGAGAUGAUGAAGCGACAGCUUCUAGAGCUGCUUGUGAGCAUUGUGCAUACAGUCAUCGUUCGUUUUGAUCCAGCUCAAGAGGAGACGGUUCGACAAGUGGUUCGUGAUCAGAUGCUGGUCACGCCUACAAGGACUGGGAUGGAUGAAGCCGACACCCAACCCUUCGACAUCAUGACAGCCACUCCGGACUUUGUGAAGCAAGCUAGAACUCCCACCCGUGUCCCAAGCACGGAUGACGUUGAGCUGAAGCGCUUCAAGUACCAGCAUCCCGGCGAGCUUCCACUCCCAACCCCAGCAUCAGCAGCCAAAGUUCCCACUGCCGAGCCUGCUUCAAAGCUAGUGCCACCGGCGACGGAGGUGUUCGGCCGGCGAGAUCAGUUGGGCCUCAGGCAGGCGCUCAAGGGCAAGGAGCCUGACCAGGGGUUGGAGGAUUGUCUUCAGUCCCAGACCGGUCAAGAUGUUGAUGCGGAGCAGAAUGGAGAUGAUGGUGCGGGGAAUGCUGUGGUGAGUGAUGAGUCGGCACCGAAGCAGAAAAAAAACUUGAAGCGAAAGAAGACUUUCAAGGGAAAGCGGGCCCGUGGUCUCAAGAAGCUCAAGUCCCUCAAAGCAAGCAGAUGCAAGGAUGACAAUGCACCACCUCACGACGGGGCGGCCCUGGAUGAGGAGGGGGAGGAUGAUGAUGAGCUGGAUACAGCAAACGCCGAGCCAACCACGAGGAUCAAAGCAAAAGGAAAGACCACCCCCAAAGCAAAGGCCAAGCCUAAGGCGAGGGGCAAAGCGAAAGCCGCCCCGAAGAGCAAGUCCGCAGCCUCGGCGAUCACUCCGAAGCCAAAGGCCAAAGCCAAAGCAAAGGCAACAGCAACGGCUUCCACGAAAGAUGCAUCGGCCAAGCCGAAGCCCAGAGGCAAAGCGAAAGCGAAAGCCGCCCCGAAAGCCGAUCCAAGUGCCAAGCCGGGCAAAGGCAAGAGGGGUCGCAAGGCUUUGCCUGAUGGUGAGGUGGACCAAGGCGAUGUGGAUUACAUGGUCUCCUACUUCCAGCAUUUUGACGAUCUUUCAGACAGGGAGACCCUGAAGCAACAGGUUCAGGACCACAUGCCACCUUUCGAGAAAGCUGCUUCCAAGAGGAAUGUCGGUUACUUUUCCUUCGGCAACUGCGAUGCUGGUCUGCUGGUAGCAAUUGCCUGCGCCAUCUGCCUUGGCUGGUUCAUCGAAGAGCACAAGAUUACCGAUCCCGAGCUCCCUGCCAUCUCUGAAAAGGAGUUUAUUGCCCUGGUUCUUAUGAUCCUCUGGACGAAGGGGCUGUUCAACCUGGCGGAGGUGUUCGAGUGGGUGGAGUUCUUCGCGGGUGCAAAGCUUGACAAGAAGUACUUCGAACAGAGUGCCAGGGGAACGAACUACUAUGGCAUCAACACAUCUGCUGGUUUUGCGUCGUUGGGAAGCAAGAUCGAUAA